AUAACGAAUAAUAACAAUUGUCAUACGGCUCCUUGCAGCGGGUAAAGAAUUCAGAAACCCUGUUAGAUUCACCGUCAAUCGGUCCAUGGAUCAUGGAUGCACUCAGACUCCGCAAGACCAACACUCGCAUCCUGCCGUAUUUCAACCGCCUAUUCUACCACCACAACCUGCCGUCAAUACAACGAGCGAGAUAGGAGAUACACGCCAUAUUCUUGGAGUGCGGCGUCAGAUCAGCAUCGACACGAACAAGGAUACCUGCGGCACCGCCUUCUUGGCGCUACGAUGCUGAGACCGCCGCCGAACACCUUUCGGGCUUCAGCGUUGCCAGCAGAUCUCAGAUCUUCGAGAACGCCGUUGGCGUUACCCGCAGGCGAAGAAGGGCAAGAAAUUUGUCCAGAGGAAGACGAAAGAUGCGGGCCAAAUAACCAUCGAAGCAUGAAUGAAGAUUUCCAGUCUGAUCCUCAAACAACAAAAAUCUCUCAUGUCAGUGCGAUUAGGGUUCUAACUGAGCAUUUCUCCUAUGCUAGCAAUAUGGUUCAUUCGAAUUCUUUGCCCUACCUUGGGCGACGACAUGGUUGG